AUGAGAUCAUUAUGUUUUACUUUUAUUUUCCUUCGAUCAACAUUCAUGUCGUUCAAUGUUAAGACAUCAAGUACGGCAGCGCCGGCACGUACAUCUCAGAAUGUUGGACCGUACAUAUUACAAAAAACGUUGGGCAAAGGUCAAACAGGACUUGUCAAAUUAGGUGUACACUAUCUAACGGGAGAGAAAGUCGCUAUUAAAAUAGUCAAUCGUGAAGCGCUAUCCGAAUCAGUAUUGAUGAAAGUCGAACGAGAAAUCGCGAUUAUGAAACUAAUUGAACACCCACAUGUAUUACGUUUAUACGAUGUAUAUGAAAGUCGAAAAUAUUUAUAUCUCAUUCUCGAACAUGUUGCGGGCGGUGAAUUAUUUGAUUAUCUUGUGAAAAAAGGUCGUCUAACACCGAAAGAAGCACGAAAAUUCUUUCGACAAAUUAUCUCUGCUUUGGAUUUUUGUCAUAGCCAUAUGAUCUGUCAUCGUGAUUUAAAACCGGAAAACUUAUUAUUGGAUGAUAAAAUGAAUAUUCGCGUAGCUGAUUUUGGCAUGGCGUCAUUACAAGUCGAAGGAUCCUUUCUAGAAACCAGUUGCGGGUCCCCACAUUAUGCAUGUCCAGAAGUAAUUAAGGGCGAAAAGUACGAUGGGAGAAAAGCUGAUGUUUGGUCAUGCGGUGUUAUUCUCUACGCUCUUCUCGUGGGUGCACUACCAUUUGAUGAUGAUAAUCUUCGUCAAUUACUUGAAAAAGUGAAAAAAGGUGUUUUUCAUAUUCCACACUUUGUUCCAGCUGACUGUCAACAAUUAUUACGUGGAAUGAUCGAAGUUGAUCCAAAUAAACGUUUAACGUUGGAAGAUGUUAGUCGACAUUCAUGGGUUACACAGUACGUAAAUAAUGAACAUACACCUAUUCAUCGUCGUACUCGUCUUCCACUUUCGUCUAAUCGUUGUACACCGUCAACAACAGUGAAAAGAAAGAAUUUACAGCCACCUUCAUCGAUGGGAACAAAGACUGAAUUGGAAUUGGAACUACCAAUGGUACAAGUUGUUCAAACAACCAUCAUUCCAAAUGAAGAAGAUAUCGAUGCCGAUGUUUUUGCUGCGAUGACGUCAUUGGGCUGUUUCAAAGAUCGACAACGUUUGAUUGAAGCGUUACUAAAUUCGAAACAUAAUACAGAGAAAGUAAUCUACUUUCUUUUACUUGAUCGUAAAAUGCGUCAACCAAGUUAUGAAGAUGCCGAAGAUGCUAAACAUCGAAGUCGUUCUGGUUCACCUGAUGUGCCUCAAAAACGUGUCGAUCGUCAUCGUUCGAAUGGAAUCGGGCAAAGUCCAAAUCCGAACGCCCAUCGGCCAGGCAUUGUUAGUCAACUAGCAGAAGGAUCGCCUUUAGUACCGCGACGACAACUCUAUUCAAAUAUUAGUAAUAAAACAAUCUCGGCGAACAAUACUCCAUCGGUGAGUCCAUGUGCAUCGCCCACUGUUAUCAAAAAAGAUGUCUUCAAUAAAAUCUCGACAUUUACAACGGGUAAAACAUCAAUCGAAAGUCCAACAUCUCAUUCAUCAUCGACUCAAGGCUCACACAUACAUCGUCAUCAUCGCAAUACAUCAACUGUCUCCCAAAAUGAAAACGUUCUUACAACUCAACCAUCAGCACAGUCAAUUACACUGGCAAGUGAUCAAUCAUAUUCAUCGGUUAAUACCGAAAUUACAGCUAAUAAUGGUACAUCAACAUAUCAUCCAUCACGGCGAAAUCCGCCAGUGCAACCAACACCUCCUCCGCAGCAUGUACCACUCGCGCCUCAAAUCUCUGAGCCCAUGAAUAAGGAACCAUUAUCUUCAGUGAUUUCGAAUAAUAAUAAUAAUAAUAAUAAUAAUAAUUCACUUUUGUACACACCACCAAAUCAAAUUAAUAUGCCACAAACACCGAAUAAUAAUCAAUGGAGACAUAAAUUGAACAAUUUGAAACAAAGCUUUCAAAGUGUGGGAACACCGCGAUUUCAUCGACGACCUAAAGUUCUAUUAACUGAAAGUGAUAGCACGAAUACAUCAAAUUCGCCAUCACAAUACGGAACUACACCUGAAGCAACUAAGAAAUCCCUCUUUCAUCACAUUAUCGAUGCCAUGCAAGAAGAUCAUCAUAUGAUUGUUGUUAAAGAUCGACCAUUAGCAGCUAUUAAAACCGAUCUCAUUCAUGCUUUCCUAUCGACUCCCGAUCUCGUACACAACGUUCUCUCUGGUACACAAUAUCGAUGUGAAUAUCGUCGACCAGAUCGUUCAUCAAUGUUUCAACGCAAUAUACGUUUUCAUGUGGAAAUUUGUACAGUUAAAUCCAUCGAUCCAUCGACACCUGAUUCGUAUUAUGUCACGUUCACACUGAUUACAGGACAAGCAAGACGUUUCAAGAAGCUGUGCGAAGAGAUUCAAGCUCUAUUCCUAACAAGUAAAGAACGGUUAGCAAAACAACGACGCCCACAACAACAACAACAACAACAAGCAACAAAUGAUAGUCGAUCUCUAGCCGGUGGUGGUAAUGGUCAUUCAAUAAAUUCGUCUACAGUUACAAAUCUUCCAACAAACUCGACGACACCCAUGACACCUCGAUCGAAUGCGUCAUUUAUUUCAUCAUUAUUUGGAAACACAAAUUCGCCAUAUACGAAACUAAAUGUCACAUCGACUCAACCACAGCAACAGCCACAACAAUCAUCUUCUUCAUCUAUUUCUUCGCUUUCAUCCACAUCCAACGUGUCCCUGACCAAUCCUCCUUCAGCAGUCAAUUCAGUGGGUUCGCCUUAUUCAGUAACAUCGUCAAUCAAUGACGAUCCUACAGUCGAAUCUACUCGUCUGAAACUUGCUCAUCGUCUUGCUAUCUAG